AACGGUUUCAUAAUUACAUAAUAUAACAAGUUGUAUUUUGUAUUUUUACGAACUGUUGCUAUAAAAAUAUAAAUACGAUUUCUACUGCCUUUAUGGUCGAUAUGCAUUUUGUUUUUUUACAAAUUGUUGCUACAAAAAUACAAAUAUAUAUGUUAUAAAAUAUAAUUUGAUAAAAGUGUUGUUGGUUUUUUGUAAUUUAUACUUAAAGUAAACUUAGAAUUAAAAAAAUAUUGUAAUUUGAAUCUCGAAAUCCAAGUGAGUAUAUAAGCCCCAAAAUAAAAUUUAAAAAAAAAAAAAAAGGGUGAAGCAAAAGCAACUCAUAGCAGACUCCAUCUCCGACCGACCCGCCGGCGACUGCCGUUAAUUCUCGCCGUCGUUGAAGAGACAUCAGAACUGCACUGAACCAGGUUUUCUAGAUUCUGUUGAAUUUCUCCACGUAUAGCUCGCUCUUUGGCAUUGCAAUUCAGUCAUCUUCUUCACCACUACGGACAGCCUCCCUCAGAACAACAUGGAUUCACCAAGCCAGAAUACUUCGUUGCAGCGACUGCAAAAUGUUGAGAAGAGGAUAGUCAGAGUUCUGGAGUUAGCAGGAGGUGUAAUGGAUGAAAUGGCAAAUCCAAGCGGCCCCAGGAAGGAGCUUAUUAACAACCAUUGCAGCGAGUUCAUGCAACUAAUCAAGGACAUCCAGGUAACACUACGCGAAGAAAUCAAAAGUGCAUGUGAAUAUCGUCCAUUUGAGAAGUGCGACUAUGUACCAAGAAUAUCAAACGAGAUCUGUUGCAAGAAACUAGAGUAUGUCAUUUCUCAACUUGAUGAUAUGAAGCGAACAAUCGAGGGGUAUCAUGCUGCAGCGUCAGACCAUAUGGUCCUCGAUUAGUAGGUAAGUUACUCAGUGUAGCGCUGCUUCCUGUUCACAUGACAACAAAAGUAUCUACAACGACUACUACGCCUCAAUCCCUAGCACGUUGGGGUCGACUACUUUGCCAUAAGCAAAGAUGAGUUGAAGUAACUGAAUUUUUAAAUGUCCUUGUAGUGUUGGAUUUGUACCUAUCAAGUACUUCAAUUCAGUUGUAGUCAUGGCAACUUUUGUGCCCACCUUGUUAAUUAGAGUUUAUUUUUUUA